AUGGCGUCUUCCAAAGUCGCGCUCAUCACCGGCGGAGCCUCCGGUAUGGGUCUUGCCGUUGCGCAGUCUCUCGCCUCCAAGGGAUGGACGGUCCACGUCCUAGACUUCAACAAGGAGGCUGGUGUCACGACUGAGCGGUCCCUCGCCAACUCCAAGUUCCACCAAGUCGACGUGACAUCGUGGAAAUCACUUUCUGAGGCCUUCAAGAAUGCCUUCUCGCAAGCCGGCCGCCUCGACUUCGUCUUCGCCAAUGCGGGCAUCGUGGAGAGAGACAACUUUUACGACACUCCGGACAGCGACGACAUUCCGCCCGAGCCAAAACAGAAGACGCUGGAUGUGAACUUGAACUCGGUGAUUAAUCAAAGCUAUCUUGCGUUGCAUUAUUUCCGCCGCAGCCCACACAAGGGCAUGGGCGCGUCGCUAGUGAUGACCGCGAGUGUUGGCGGGUUGUAUCCAUCUCAAUACUGUCCCAUAUACUCCGCUUCGAAAGCCGGCGUCAUCCACUUCAUGCGGGCCAUCGCCUUCCCUUACUACCAUUCCAGUGGCAUCCGCGUUUACGCCACCUGUCCGGGUACCGUCAAAACUAACCUCAUGAAUGACAAAGAGUGGACAGCAUUUCCGGAGGAAUACUUCACCCCGCUUUCCCGGAUAGCAUCAACCGUGGAGAUGCUAGUGGAGGGCGGUGACAUGACAGAUGCGUGGGGCCGAACGGUCAAGGAUGGAGAGGACUACGGCCUCGCGGUGGAGAUAAACGCAGACAAGUUUUAUUUCCGCGAUAUGCCAGAGUUUUGCGAUGAUUCAAUGAGAAGGGUUAUCGAGGCGACGAGUAUGGAGAACCAACUGGCGAGGCUGGAGGAGUACAAAGCCAAGGGAAAUGGUACCUCGUAG